CUCCUAUUCCGUCUGGGCAGGGGCUCUCAGUGGAUAGCCCUGCCUGUCUAAACACCAGUCAACCACAAGCUGACUCGACCUAAAGGUUUCAAUGGUGUUUGCUUGAUGGGGUCCAAGCGGGCGACAAAGUGAUGGUCUAAGGACUCCCAGUCACAGAGGUGCUUGCGCGUGGAAUGUUGCGCUGGUCGGUGCACCUAGAAGGAGGGCCGCGGAGAGUCAACCAUGCUGCUGUGGCGGUGGGUCACAAGGUGUACUCCUUCGGAGGCUACUGCUCUGGGGAGGACUACGAGACACUCCGUCAGAUUGAUGUGCACGUCUUCAACACAGUGUCAUUGCGCUGGAUGAAGUUGCCUCCGGUGAGGACGGGAGGACAUGAACGUGUCCGUGAAGUGCCAUAUAUGCGUUAUGGCCAUACAGCUGUGCUGUUGGAUGAUACUAUCUACCUCUGGGGUGGGCGUAACGACACAGAGGGGGCCUGCAAUGUGCUUUAUGCCUUUGAUGUCAAUACCCACAGAUGGUUCACACCCAAGAUUUCCGGGACUGUUCCAGGGGCGAGGGACGGCCACUCAGCCUGCGUCCUGGGGAAGGCAAUGUAUAUAUUUGGAGGAUAUGAGCAGCUGGCUGACUGCUUCUCCAAUGACAUUCACAAGCUGGAUACCACCACCAUGGUUUGGUCAUUAAUUAAUGCCAGAGGUACUCCAGCACGCUGGAGAGAUUUUCACUCAGCCACCAUAAUUGGGACAAAAAUGUUUGUAUUUGGAGGGCGGGCAGACCGCUUCGGUCCCUUCCACUCCAACAACGAGAUCUACUGCAACAAGAUCAAAGUGUUUGACACAGAGACCAACUGCUGGCUGAGCACGCCUUCAACACAGCCAUUGCCAGAGGGACGCCGGAGUCACUCAGCCUUUUCCUACAACGGAGAGCUGUACAUAUUUGGAGGAUACAAUGCUCGUCUGGACCGACACUUCAACGACCUCUGGAAAUUCAAUCCAGAAGCCUUCUCCUGGAAGAAAGUAGAGCCAAAGGGGAAAGGUCCAUGCCCACGGAGACGACAGUGCUGUUGUAUGGUUGGGGAUCGAAUCAUCCUCUUUGGAGGAACCAGCCCCUGCCCAGAGCAAGGAAUGGGAGAUGAAUUUAACCUCAUGGAUCAUUCAGACCUGUAUAUCUUAGACUUCAGCCCUAAUUUGAAGACGUUAUGCAAAAUAGCUGUUAUUCAGUACAGUCUGGAGCAGUCAGGACUCCCACAUGAUAUCAGGUGGGAACUGGCAGCCAUGACGACCAACAGCAACAUCAGCAGGCCCAUCUUCUCGUCCCACGGCUGACGCAGCUGAAUGUGAAGCAGAACUCUGUUUCAGGACACCGGGCUUUUAUCUUUCAAAUCAACUGAGCUCCGAGAGACUUUUUUUUUUUUUUUUUUUUUUAUAGUCUGGAUCUGUGUCCGAUUUAUUUUCCACAUUCUACAAGUGAAAACUCAUUACUGACCAAAAUAUCCUGCAUAAGACUUCCUUGGACACCACAUGCUUUGCCAUGUCUCGGGACAUUUUAACCUUUGAGACAACGGUUGUGUGAGGCAGAAAUCGCCUGUUCAUUUUUUUUUUCUCUCUCUCUUCUUUCUAGCCUCUCUAGAAAUCCAAUCAGCCUAUGAUAAUCAUAGACUUCUAAUCUUAAGCACAGGAAGAGGCAAGAACUUCAGCCAAAGGUCUUGAGAGCUAACCUCUUUUGUUGAGGAUGUCAUCGUGAUGUCGCCCUCAACACACCUCCCCUAAAAGACAAAUGUGAACCUUCUGUUGCAGAUAUGAAGAGACUGAGAUGGUCAUGAGUGAAUUUCUUGCUGCUCAAACUUAGUCAUAAAACCAUGUAAAGCUACCAUGUCCAUGAGCAGACAGCUUAUUAUGUUGCUUUUAGAUGCAAGGAGACAGAAUAUUCAGUACUCACAUUAUUGGAGUGUGAUGCUUUAAAAGAUCUGUUGGACUGAUUUUAAAUGCUUAGCGAUUUCCCUGCUUCAUUCUAACUUGGAUGGCACCCCACUGCUCGCAAGUGUCUCUAAGGUAAUUUGCAAGGCGACUGAAGAAAGCCUUGUAAAAUAAUCAAGCCCAUCUACCUCCCUCAAUAGCAUGUAACAUUGAGUGUUUCAGAGUUCCCAUGCAUUAGGCUCCUACUUUUCCCCCAGAAAAAAAAACAGCCUUUUCGCAGGGAAGAUGGUAUUUGUGGUUUGUCUGUUCUAUUCUUCCAAGAAAUGCUGCAGUGUCAGUGGAAGAGUGCGACUCACCUGCCACCUCCCUCUACCCCUUGAGCUUGUUUUUCAGUGCCAAACGUAGAAGGGAAUCAUGAUGCAAAUAUAUACUGUGUAUGUGUGUGAGCACGUGGUCCUGUCUGCACACAGUCCACCUGCCUCGGUUUACCUGUUGUUGUAGGAGGAGGCCAUUGCUAAUAUGCAUAAUGUAAUUCCUUUUUAUAGACAAUCCUAUGGCGUUCAGAGACGCUUCUCGUGACCGGUUUAUUCACAGUAUCGUGGAAAAACAAGGAAAGCGUGCACGUGUGUUUGUGCGCAUUGACAAGCAAAGUUAAACCUGAGCAGCGUAUGUUAUAAACAUGCAUAAGGGCUGUUAUUAGAUUACACACUCACACCACAUGGCUUGGAAUCGCUCAAAUAUUAUUCAUGCUAACUACAAAUUUUAGAACAAAACGUCUGGUGGUUGUUUUUAUUCUUAUCUCCGUUCCUAUUAGUUAAAGGACGAUUCUAUAUUUUUGCUAUCGUCAACAGAUCCCAUAAGCAGGCCAAAACAAACAGUGUACUAGGUUGUCUCUCAACACUUUCCUAUGCUGUCAGUGGCUGCCAGCCCAAAGCCAGUCUGUUCCAACUAACAACCAGCCCAACACUGCGGCUUUUAACAGUUCUUACUCAAACAGCACUGACAAUAAAAUUUGUUGGGGAUGAUUUUUAAUCGUGGCUUUGGAGCACAUGUGUGAAUUUGCGGCAGCAGGACACUGUAUUUUGGAUUAUUUAUGUGUUUAUGAUAGUUUUGGGAUAAUUACGGGCUUUGAAAACAGACAAUCCGUCAUACUUAAAUUAUUGUUUUGGUCUUUAUUGACAAAAAAAAAGCAAAAAAGCUGAAUAACAUCCAAGCUAUCCUCUGAAUCUUAGAAUUUAAAUUAACACAACAUUACAUUAAUGAAUAGCCAGGCAGAAGAGCUGUUACUAAUGCUUAUCUUAACAUUUUCACUAAGGAUUUUAGCUGUGUCUGGUCCUGUAAAAGGUCCCACACUUACUACUACGAAUCUAAGAUGGGAUGAGAAAACUGUUACCACACAUUCAUGAGCUGCAUCCAAGAUUUCAAUCCUGAUCUUUGGGACCGAGAGUUCUGCUGCUUUCUGUCCUGCCAGAUAGUUAAACAUCCUCUGUUCAGUGAGUCCCUAAUUAACUAGUUAGAAUGAAAAGCAGCAGGGCUCUGGGUCCCAGGCGUCAGGCUUUAGCAACACUGACCUACAACAUAAAUGUUUACAAAUCUGUGUAUGUCUCGUAAAGCAGUGUAAAACAAUCUUAAAUGCAGGUUGCAGUCACCAGAUAACUGCACUAUAGCCAAUCUUGGCACGUCUGGCCAUACAGAGAGGACACAUGUUGAUGCUGCUUUUUGCCUAACUAGACUCCAGAGUUUGAGACGUUUGCCUACCCAAACCAAGUCUGAAUUUUAUUAUUUACAGACCAGCGGUGCCAAUGUGACUCAGCGAGUCUUAUACCCUCUGCACUCCACACGCACACGGACAUAUUGUACACUUGAUUUUCCCAGUUACCUGGAUGAUACAACAGCUAAUGCAGUGAAACCACAGGGAAGCUUAUCAACAAUAUUCUGGUGAACAAAUCAAACUGUUUAUGUAACACCAAAUGGUCACUGGCAAAACUGAUAUUUGUUUAUUUCUUUUUCCAGUGUGUAGUGUGGAAGUCAUCUUUAUUUCAGGAUUUUGGUCCCUUUGUUGUUGCGUGUGAAGAUUAUGGGUGAUGAUAUUUUAAAGUGAAGACCUCUUCAGGAAUAUGGCAUGAAGAAAAUAAUAAAGGACAAUGUAGACACUGGUUAGAAAUGAAAUACCUGUACAACAAGUUUCCUCAGUGAUGGUCACUCACUUGCCUAUGGUACAACAAUGCUAAAGUGCUAGCGGUUUUUCCUAAAUGUAGUGGCAUGACAUUUUUAAUUGAAGUGGUGUAAAACCUCCUGAAGCUCCUCUUGUACUUCAUAUUUAGGCUUUCACAGGGUUACCACUGUUUCAACAAAACAAAACCUGCUUCAUGCCAAGAAAAUGCAUCAUUAGAUUAUAGAGCAUACUCAUGAUAACUCAUUGAUGAUUCAUUGUGAGGAGACUGGCCUAAUUUCAUGCCAAUACGUGUGCUCUAUCUUUAGGGUUUAAAGUAUUUGAGGAUAAAUUCGUACAGAGUAACAACUAAGUUUGGACUGUAUCAGGAUUCAUUUUACGACUCUGGAGGGUACCAAUGCUUAUUGUUUGUAGCUGACAUAUUUUUGAAGGGGACUCUGUAUCUGGCAAUGUUGGUGAGGACUUCCUGUGCAAUAUGCUUUAUAACUGUAUCAACAAUAAAUCUGAGACACUUUGAGUUGUUAA